AGCCUUCUGCAGAGCUGCUGAUGAACAUGAGUCGCUCUCGGCGUCUGAUCGUGUUGCUCUCUUAUGCAUACCUCGAGCAGGACUGGUGCUGCAAUAACUUCAGACAGGGCCUCCUGCACUUGUUGGAGUUGUGUCCGAGGCCCAUCAUCAUCACGUUGGAGGGUCAGUCCAAACGCAUGAGGCCUGAGAUCAAGCAGCUGCUCAGUGAGCACCAGCACUGCCUCACCGUGCUCACCUGGAGACACAACUCUGUGACUCCUUCCUCAGACUUCUGGAAGGAGCUGGCCUUAGCGAUGCCUCGCAGAGUCGUCUUCCGCAGCGAGUCUGCAGGCGACCCUCAGACUGUUCUCCACGAUGACAAGGACCCCAUGCUGACCCAAGAGUCUGACUACCUGGACUGCCGCUCAGACACGGACCCUGCUGGAGAUCUGGGUAAGGACGACAGUCACAGGGACAAGAAAAGUGCCCGCGUACUGAUGUUUGGUGUACUCGUCACUCAGUUUGCACAUGCAGAUACCUGCACAGGAAAUGCUGCUCUGCCUUAAUGGAGAAUGAGGUGA